AUGGCCGUCACGGAGCUCGCUCUUCUCCAAUUCAAGGAGCCCCUCACCGAGGAGGUCAAGGAGCUCAUGGACUACUGCCAGACCGUCCAGGACACCUGGGUUCUGCGCCAGAAGCCCGGCCUGCCGCCGACCCGGAUAGAGCGCGGCACCGCCAUCCUCCAGCAGGUCGAGGACCCGACCGUAAUACUCCUGGCGGCGCAGUGGGAUUCGCCGCAGGCGCAUGGGGAGUGGAUCGCGUCACCCGAAAACCAGAACGUCAUGGCCAAGCUGAUGCCACAUAUUCACAUCGAGGGUCCGCGAAGCGUGCUAUUCUUUCACAUUGACGCGCCCAUCUUUGCAAAGCCUGCAUCAGCACCGUCAGAGACGAAUGAGGCGGCUGCAGAAGCGGAGAUGGACUCCAAGGGCAAGCAGCCGGAAGCGCCGGUACCCGAGGAAGAGAGCAAGGCAGAGGGCAAAAGGAAGGCGCAAGACGAGCCGCCAUCCCUCCUGACGGCGCCGGUGCUCAGCGUCGGGCGGUUCGGGGUGAAGUCGGAUAAGAGGGAGGAGUUUGUCAAAAAGUACGCCGAGGCCAAGUGGGUUGUCGAGGAGUCGUCGAAGCCGUUUCCCGUCCGCGGCGGCUGGCGAAUUGAGAAAGCCGCCGAGGACCUCGAGGAGUAUGUCAUGUACUGCGGCUGGGAGACGGUGGAACAGCACAAGGCGAUCGCGGAGCACGAGGGGUUCAAGGAAUGGGCUGGCAUUCAGGAGUUUGUGACGGGGACAGACAUUUGGCACUACAAGCGGCUCAUGUGA